CGUUCAGACGAGAAUUGAAACAAAAAAAUGUCUGAUCAAUACAGUAGUGACGAAUUAAACCCGCCUGCAUGGCUGAAUGCGGAUUUUUUCAAGACUGCUCUCAGUAAAUUCUUGAAAGAAGACUCAAUUUCUAUCAAAAAUGUCGAAAUUCGUCCCGGAACGAAGCCCGGGCAACAUUACGCGAGUAUCAUGUUCCGUGCUGAAGUCACUUACGACACAAAAACAUCCCCAAAUGCUGUGAUAAAGUUGAUUCUCAAGACAGUUCCGACGGAAGAAGGACACAAAAUGGAAUUUAUGCGAGAAGCGACGGCUUUUAAGACGGAAAUGCGGAUGUACGAAGAAGUUUUACCCGAAAUUCAGAAACUUUUGAAGGGCAUUAAUGAUCCUUUGGUUAUCGCUCCAACGCUCGUUUAUCAAAGUAACGAUCCGGCACCCGUAAUUGUCUUCAUCGACGAGACUCCGAACGGUUUCAAGCCUUACGAGAAAAAUUUGAGCUUCGAAGAGGCCCAAAUUGCGAUUCAAACUCUUGCCAAAUUUCACGCUUGCUCUCUUUUUGUCAACAAAAAUGUCAAAGACCUGACCUUGUUUGAUGAUUGUCCGUACAUUCCUGCUCCGGGUCGAACGGAUUUCCUGCAAUUCUUCUUCAUGAAAGGCAUGAUUGAUUCCGUGAAGGCAACGCGUGAAUGGGAAGGCGAAGAAGCUUUAGCCGAUAAAUUGGAGAAAAAUUUGGAAGUUUUCGAGCAACGAGUAAGGGAAGUCUUCAACGAUUACACGAAACAAUCGCAUCAAGUGCUGGUUCAUGGAGAUUUUCAAUUUCGCAACAUGAUUUUCCGGAAUGAAGGUGCUAAAAGUGAAGAUUUUUUGUUACUCGACUAUCAAUAUUGUUAUUGGAACACUCCAGCAAUCGAUAUUUUUGGCUUGUUAUAUAACGUUUGCAAUGAAGAUGUUCGAGUGCAUCACAGGAACGACGUCCUGAUGAAGUAUCAUCAAGUUUUUAAGGAAACUUUGGAGAAAUUGAACUACAAUGGACCGAUUCCGAGACUGCUUGAUAUCCAAAUGGAGCUUUUGAGAGCCGGCAUCUUCGAGUAUAUGAUGGUUUUGUACUUUGUUCCCUUCCAAUUCAUAGAUUUAACGAAACUUGACUUUGAAGAAGUGAUGGAAAAGAAGGAUUUUUUCAGUCUUACGAAAGAAGCGUUUCACAGCAAGGAGUUUAAAGAGGUCUGCAUCAAGCGACUUAAGCAUUUUAUCGAAAUGGGAGUCUUGGAUUAACACUUAAAACAAUUUUUCAUUCAAAUAAAUGAUAUUUUUUACCACUUUGAUCAAUGUCAAGCCAUAUACUUGUCUC